AUGAAAAGCGAAUCCAUUGUAAUCAUCGGUGCCGGUGUAAUCGGACUGAAAGUAGCCCUCGUGCUUGCUGAAAAGGGCUACGGCCAUUACACAACUAUCAUUGCAGAGCAUCUUCCGGGAGACACUUCAAUAAAUUACACUUCGCCAUGGGCUGGAGCCAAUUUCUCUGCUCUAUCAGCCAGUGAUGAGAAUGCACUACGAUGGGACAAGUUUGGGUACAAGUAUCUUCUCGAUCUUGCAGCCAAGGAUGGCAAGAAUGCCUUCGUGAAAGAAACGGCUUCAAUCGAAUACUGGGAUGAGCUACCAUCGCGAGCGAAGAUUGACUCCAUGGCUGAGUAUCUCAAGGACUUUAGAGAGAUCCCUACACAGGAUUUGCCGGUUGGCGUUGCCUUUGGGGUGAAAUUCACGACGAUCACGGUUAACGCACCGACGCAUAUUCGCUAUCUAUUGAAGAAACUCACACAGAAAUAUGGAGUGCACGUUACUCGCAAGAGGGUCUCUCAUGUCUCGUACGGCUAUCUCAGCAGGGAUACGAAGAUUGUGUUCAAUUGCACUGGAAAUGCAGCGAGGGAGUUGCAGGGAGUCCAAGACUCGAAGUGCUUUCCCACUAGAGGGCAAAUUCUCCUUGUGAAAGCAUCUCAAGUUCAGCAAAAUGUCAUGAGACAUGGGAAGGACUAUGAGACUUAUAUCAUUCCUCGGCCGUACUCGAAUGGAAAUGUGGUCUUGGGUGGGUAUAUGCAAAAGGGCGUUGGAACAUCAGAUACAUUCGGAGAAGAGACAGAAUCGAUAUUGUCACGGACAAAGGCACUGCUCCCUGUCCUGGAUUCCGACAGGACUGAGAUACUGAGUGCAUUCGCCGGUCUACGCCCUUCUCGGGAGGGAGGCGCUCGUGUUGCCAGACAACAUGUGCAAGUAGGCGCUACAGGACGACCGGGUAUCCUCGUCCACAACUAUGGCGCUGGUGGGACUGGUUUCCAGGCUGGUUACGGAAUGGCAGUUGAAGCUGUCGAUACUGUGGAAGAGGAGAUCAAAGCACUUGGUAUUCAGUCUCAACCGCGUCUUUGA